ACGUGCCCAUGCCGUGUUGCAGACGAGCAUAUACAGCACGAGAGUUUGAAUUAUUGUGAUUGUCUUGAUAAUAAUCUGAUCGCGAAUCAGAAGAUAGUUUACAUAUGUGAACAGUUAUGUCGGACCUUAAGAUCAACAAGAAGUUCGCAGAGAAAUAUGAGAAAUAUCGGCAGAAAGAAGAGCUGCAGAGACUGAAGGACCGCUAUGGAGACCAGGAUGAGGAGGAUACUUCGGGCUCGUUAGACUCUGACGAGAGUGAAGUGGAGCUGGACCCAAAGCUUGACCGGGAUUUCUUCAGAACGCUGUCACUACUGAAGAAGAAAGAUCCAAAAAUCUAUCAGAAGGAUGCCAAGUUCUACAUAGAGGACUCAUCAGAAUCUGGCAGUGAUGAGCAGCCAUCCACUUCAAAAAAGUCUGAGAUACCCAUGUUUCUAAAGGACUAUGAGCGGAAAGUCAUCCUGGAGAGAGGAGGAAAAUAUGAUGAUGAUGAGGAUGACAGUGCUGAUGAAGAACUUUCUAAACAGAUGCAAGAGAGAGCUGCGUCUCCGACCUACAUCCAGGAACAGAAGGAGCUGAAGGAAAGUUUCCGCAAGUUUGUUCAAGAUAGUGACGAAGAAGAUAGUGAUCACGAUGUGAAGCUGCUGACACGGAGAAUGAAAACACAAGAGGAGAAGGAUAAAGAGGAAGCUGACUAUGUGGAGUGGUUGAAGGGUCAAGCAGAGCUUGAAGGGAAGGAGGAAGUUCAAGACAUGAAAUACCUGCGUGAUUUCUGGAACAACCCUCAGCUGGAUGAGAAGGAGUCUUUCCUGCGAGAUUACAUGCUCAACAAGCGCUACCUGGAGGAGGAUGAAGAUAAGAGGAUCCCCACCUAUAAUGAGCUGUUGCAGGAAGAUGUUGAUGACUCUGAGGACGAGGGAGAGUCUUUUCUGCAGAAACAGGAGGACUUUGAGAGGCAUUACAACUUCCGCUUUGAGGAGCCUGAUGCUGUAAAGAUCAAAACGUAUCCCCGCAACAUUGUCACAUCUGUCCGAAGCAAAGAUGACACAAGAAAGAGAAAGAGACAGGAGGUGAAAGAGCGGAAGAAAAAGGAGAAGGAACAGAAGCAGCAGCAGCUGAAGGAACUGAAGAACCUGAAGCGUGCAGAGAUCAUGGAAAAACUGAAGAAGCUGCAGGAGCUGACGGGAAAUGAGCAGCUGGCCUUCAGUGAGGUCAAUCUGGAGGAUGACUUUGACCCCCAGCAACAUGACCAGCUCAUGCAGAAGUUCUUUGGAGAUGAAUACUAUGGAGGGGAUGAGGAGGAGAAACCACAGUUUAAUGAUGACGAGGAAUUGGGAGAAAAUUGGAACUGGGACACAUGGACGGGAGAGGCAGAGGAUGAGGAAGAGUACAGGGAAGAGGAAGAUUUUGAUGCAGAGGAAAACUAUCAACCCAACUGUGAGGAUCCUGACUUUAUAAUGGAUGCUGACUAUGACCCUAGUAAACAACCAGUUUCUAAAAAAAAGAGAAAGAAGGAGAGAGAGGAGAGGAAGAAGAAAACCAAAGAUGUCGCCCCUCUAAUGGGAAAGAAAAGGAAGAAGUCUCAUUUUGCGGAGAUCAUCACCAAAAAAAAGCCGGUCUUUGAUCCAAAGGAGAAGACGUUUGAGCAGUAUUUGGAUGAGUACUAUAAACUGGAUUACGAGGACAUCAUUGAUGACUUGCCAUGCAGGUUCCGUUACAGAGAGGUGGUACCAAAUGACUUCGGCCUGACCUCCGAUGAGAUCCUGAAAGCUGAUGAAAAGGAGCUAAACCGCUGGUGCUCACUGAGGAAGACUUGCAUGUACAGGUCAGAGAGGGAUGAACUCUGUGAGGUGAAGAACUUCAAGAUCAAAGCUCGAAACUUCAAGAAGAAACUGCAAGUGUUCACAUCUCUGUAUAAUAAGAAUGAAGGUCGAGAGGAGCCGACGGACGCCAAGGGAAAGGUGGGUAAAAAGAGGAAGGAUCGUGUUAAGAUGUCUGAGACCAUGAAAGAGAAAGAAGAUCUCACAGAGGAGAAAUCCGAAAGCACUCCAACAGACAGCAUGGAGAAGAAAGUGGUCCAGGAUCUGAGAGAAGCCACUGCGAUGGAUGAAGGAGAGGAUGAGGAGAUGUUCCUGGUUCCUAAGAAGAAGAUUAAAGUGGAAAAGACUCCAGAAACCCCCAAAUUGGAGGUGCUUAAUACUGAAAAACCUAAAUUGCUUAAGAAGAAAAACAGACGCCUAGGUGGACGCCUAAUUUCCAGGUCCCUGAAGGUGAAGAUGGGGGGCCGAGAGUUCAGUGGACAGAGACUCAAAGCCUAUGGGCUGAAUCCAAAGAGACUCCACUUUAGAGAGCUAUACAGACAGAAACGAAACGAACGAGAAAAAAGGGAAAAGCAGGGCAAAAAAGAGUAAACAAUAAUGUUGAAUUAAACGCCAUUUUCUGCCAUCCUCACAAUAAAGUGUUCACGAGGGACCAGUGAACAUGGAGGACUCUUUUGUGAUAUGCCCUUCAUGACGUAAUAUAUUUCCAAUUUUAACAGAUUUGUUUUGAGAAAGUUUUUGUAACUUUGCCUAAUGUUUUAUGUAUAUGCUUUAGUAAAAAGAAGAAAGAGUUGCUGUCGUUGAAAUAAACUUUUUCAAAUUUC